CCAGUUGCCUCCUUUUAAAGUUUGAGGGGCGGUGGCGGCGGCGGCGGCCGGCAAGCGCGGGGGACACAGGGGCCGCUGGCGGAGCCGCGCCGCCGCCCGAGUCAUUCCACUUGAAGUGACUUCAUGUGAUGUCAGCUGAAUGUAAAAGACAGUGAUCUCACGCGGAGGGGAAGAUGUUUGCCAUCAAAAUGUGACAGAGGAAACGCGCUGCAUGGCUCGGAAGGCAUCUCCGUGGCGGUGGGGGAAAGAGACUUAGAGGAAAGAGGCUGCGCCCCGGCCCAGUCUGCACGGCUCGGCUCGGAGCGCCAUGGCCAGCUCGGCUUCCCUGGAGACCAUGGUGCCCCCGGCCUGUCCCCGAGCCGGAGCGUCACCGGCCACUUCCAAGACGCUGGCCUUCUCCAUCGAGCGCAUCAUGGCUAAGACGUCGGAGCCCCGUGCGCCCUUUGAGCCCCGGCCGGGGGCCCUGGAGGCAGACAGCGGCCAGGGCAAGAAACUGCUCAACCUCUGCUCGCCGCUGCCCUGCAUGAUCCCCCUCCAGCCCCUGGGCUACGACAUGCCGUCCAAGACGCUGCUCAGCUACUCCGAGCUCUGGAAAGGCAGCCUCCGGGCGGGUGGCGGCGGCGGGGGGGCUUCGGUGUGCGGCGCCAGCGGCUUGUGCAAAACCAACUGUGGCGUGUGCUGCAAGGCCGAGCUGGGCCUGGCGCCGUCCGCGCUGCCCGCGGGCAGGGUCAUCAAGCCGCAGGUCAUCAACCACGCGGUGGGGCUGCCGGCCAGCGGCUCGCUCUACUACUUCAACUACCUGGACUCGGCCGCCUACCCGCCAUCUGAGCUUCUAGGCGGCCACCUCUUCCCAUCCGGCCUCCUCAACGCAGCACAGGCCCCCGCCGCCCUGGCGGCGCACCCCAAGCUCUUUUUGCUGGAGAACGCCAAGUUGGCCGGCCUGGCCGCGGACAAGUUCCCCCACCCGGCGCCCUACGCCCAUAAGGAGCGCCUGCCCGCGCCGCUGGAGCAGGUGCUGAAGGAGAACUCGGCCCUGACCGCCGAGCGCGGAGGCGUCAAGGGCCACGGCAAGCUGCCCGGUGCCUCCGCGGACGGGAAGCCGAAAAACUUCACCUGCGAGGUGUGCGGCAAGGUGUUUAACGCUCACUAUAACCUCACCCGCCACAUGCCGGUCCACACCGGAGCCAGACCGUUCGUGUGCAAAGUCUGCGGCAAAGGCUUCCGCCAGGCCAGCACGCUGUGCAGACACAAAAUUAUCCACACCCAGGAAAAGCCUCAUAAAUGCAACCAGUGCGGCAAAGCUUUCAACCGCAGCUCCACGCUCAACACGCACAUCCGCAUCCACGCGGGCUACAAGCCCUUCGUCUGCGAAUUCUGCGGCAAAGGCUUUCACCAGAAAGGGAACUACAAGAACCACAAGCUGACCCACAGCGGCGAGAAGCAGUACAAGUGCACCAUCUGCAACAAGGCCUUCCACCAGGUCUACAACCUGACCUUCCACAUGCACACGCACAACGACAAGAAGCCCUUCACCUGCGCCACCUGCGGCAAGGGCUUCUGCAGGAACUUUGACCUCAAGAAGCACGUGCGCAAACUCCACGACAGCGCGGGCCCGGCCACCCCCUCCACCAAGGACCUGACGCGGACCGUGCAGAGCUGAGAGCUACGGCCUCGCCCUCCCUUCGACCCGACCCAACCCCCAGACAGAUCACACCUAUAAACUCAUGUCUAAAAUUAAGAGGGGAAAAACAAAACUAUAGCAGAGAGGCUAAAGUCUAUUUAUCGAAACCAGCAUAUUUUUGGAAAGUUACACGUUUCCUCGAUGACUGGCAGCAAGCAGCGUGGCUCCCACCUUUGUAUAUUCGGGAAACUUAUUUAAACCCUGUGCGCCGAAACGUAUUUAAUGCCGGGCCUCGGCGGCUCCUCGGGCGGCGGGGGUGAUGCCAGCCUGUGACUUGAACGCCGGGGAAGAGCAAGGCACCCUCCGCCGUCUUUCUACAGCCAUGUAAAUCCUCCUGUACAUCCGAACACGGAAUAUAUGCAUAUAUG